UGUUGUAUCGGAUUGAAUUGAGAGUUGAGUGAGGAGGGUGGGAGAAUUGUGUGAUGGCAUCCGCUAUGGUGAAAGGAGGAGGUUCUAGGCUCAUCAAAUCGGUGUCUGCAGCUCUUGGUACGAGGUUUUACGCCAAGGUUGCAACUGGCACUGACAUAGUCUCUGCCGCACCCAAUGUUUCUCUCCAGAAAGCUCGUACCUGGGACGAGGGUAUUGCUUCCAAGUUCUCCACCACUCCUCUCAAAGACAUCUUCAAGGACAAGAAGGUUGUCAUCUUUGGGCUACCAGGUGCAUACACAGGAGUUUGCUCUAACAAACAUGUUCCUCCUUACAAGGAGAAUAUUGAUAAGUUUAAGGCUAAGGGGAUAGAUUCUGUUAUUUGUGUGGCUGUUAAUGAUCCAUAUACCAUGAAUGCGUGGGCUGAGAAGCUUCAAGCCAAAGAGGCUAUUGAUUUUUAUGGGGACUUUGACGGGAGCUUUCACAAAAGUUUGGAUUUAGUUACUGAUCUCUCGGGUGCAUUGCUUGGAACUCGAUCUGAAAGGUAUAUUAUAUACCCUCCUUGAACUAAGAAUGGACUCAUUCACUUGAACAUGUACUUAGUUACAUGCACCAAGAUU